AUGGUGCUUGUUCAGCCUACACAGACGUCGUUGGAUGCAACGUCGUCAGAUGCAACGGAAACAAUGAAGGAGUCUACCUCUAACAACGCACACCUAACUGAUCCAAGUCUGCUUGAGAAGUUCGAUAAGCUAUUCGCCUGCAACGUUGGCGAUUACGUUGCUCUGCCGCAGCUCGUGGCCGUAGGUGAUCAGUCCAGCGGCAAAAGUUCUAUUUUGGAGGGAUUGACCGGUCUCCCCUUUCCUCGUGAUAGCACCUUAUGUACGCGGUUCGCUACCCAGAUCAUCUUCCGCCGAGCCUCCGGUCAAGUUGGUCGCAGUAUCCGGGCGUCCAUCAAGCCGGCACCGCAGUCUGACCCUGAGUGCGUUGCCAGACUGAAAGCAUGGUCGAGGUGCGAAUCGGCUUACCUAGAUCCGAAGGCGUUCUCCGAUAUGAUAAACGAGGUACAUACGGUGAUGGGCAUUCGCAGCCUCGAUGACAAGUCGAAGCCAACAUUUUCCCGACACAUCUUUCGUCUGGAGAUCAGCGGCCCAAAUGAGGACCAUCUGGCUGUCAUUGACGUUCCAGGAAUCUUCAAAAGUGUGACACCUGGUGUGACAACCAAGCACGAUAUCGAUAUGGUCCGCGGUAUGGUGCAGGAGCACAUGGGCAACCCACGUUCAAUUAUCCUGGCUGUCGUUCCCGCCAACGUCGACGCUGCAACGCAGGAAGUAAUUGAAAGAGCUCGCGAAGUCGAUCCUGAAGGACAACGCACCCUUGGCGUGCUCACAAAGCCUGAUCUGGUCGAUCGCGGAGCUGAGCACAAUGUGUUGGACUUGAUUACGGGCAAGACCAUGCCUCUCAGACACGGCUGGGUUCUAGUCCGCAGUCUUGGGAAGAGCGAGCUCGCUACUGGAGACAAGACUCGCGCGGACAUAGAGGCAGAGCUCAGAUCGAGACCGGGAUGGGGCCUUGUGCCCGCAGAUCGAUUUGGUAUUGAAUCGCUCAGGCAGCGGCUACAGGAAACUGUCACAGAGAAUGCCCGACGGGAAUUCCCCAGGAUACGUGUGGAUAUCAAUAAAAAGUUGAAAGAGACUCAGGCCUCUCUGCUGGCACUUGGCCAGGAAAGAUUGAACCGAAGCCAGCAAAUUGACUUCCUCCUGGAUCUCGUAGCAAAAUACCAGGAAGUCAUGUCCAAUGCCUUGCGCGGUAACUACGGUGCAAACAGUAUCUUUGACAAGGUCAAACGUUUCCGCCUCGCCACGACUGUCAUCGAGCGCAAUGAGCAGUUUAGGUCCGACAUGAUGAAUCUCGGCCAUGUCUACAAUUUCCGCACCGGGACCGAGAGCAGUCAAUCUCUGUUGUCGAGAGCAAGGGUCCGGACCGACGAGGGAAAUGAGGAGAACAUGGUCAGCACCCGCAAGAUCGACAGUACAGUCGAACUGAAUGACGUUCUUUAUGGCCCUGAGCUUAUUAGCCCUCCUGUGGAAGACGACAUCUAUUCAUGGCUUGAGGCCGAGUAUCUUGGUUCUCGUGGGUUUGAGCUUGGUACACUCAACAGCUCCCUUCUACCGACUGUCAUGAAAAGGCAGUCAAAAAAGUGGGGGAGCAUCGCGCUGGGUUAUAUCAGCGAUAUCAUUGCCCUUGUCAACGCCUGCAUCGUCAGCGUGCUGACUGAUCUCUGCCAAGAUGGACGGAUGUCUCGUGGCCUGCUGGCCAUCAUGAUGGAUGAUCUGCAGAAGAAGUACACGAAUGCGAUUGCCCAUACUCAAUUUCUGCUGGAGAAUGAACGAAAUGAUACUCUGAUAUCGCUACACCCAUCGUUUGUGGAGACUUUGCAAACCUGUCCGGACUCAAAGAUGCAAAAGUGCAUAGCAGACAAGACCUUUAGUGCCGGCAAUGCUGCCCUGGGCAAAGUGGUCCGGGUCGAGGAUAUCAAAGCGGCGCUCCCGGGGAUAGGCAAUCGGGAGUACAUGGUCCAGCAGAUUCACGAUAUCUUGCACUCAUAUUACAACGUCGCCAUGAGCCGCUUCAUUGACAACGUCUGCAUGCAGUCUGCAAACUACUUUUUGCUGAGUGGCCCGAGCAGUCCGCUGAAACUUUUGUCACCUACGUUUGUGUAUCGCCUAUCCGAGCAAGAGCUGGCAGGCAUCGUGGGGGAUGAUCCAGUUAUCAAAAGGCAGCGGUUACAACUCAUGAAGGAGAUUGAGGAACUCGAGGUAGCCAAGAAGAUUCUUCUCUGA